UAUUAUUAUUAAAGUAUUAAAAUGAACUUUCUAAAUAAUAAUAAAAACCUACGGUAGCAGUUGCAACUGUUCUACUUGUUGAAAAUGUCUUUCCAGCAACCUGCUCAUUUUGGUGACAUUCUUCACCUGAAUGUUGGAGGAAAAAGAUUCUCGACUUCUCGUCAAACACUCACAUUGAUUCCGGAUACAUUCUUCAGUGCACUUUUGAGCGGAAGGAUUUCAAGCUUGAGAGAUGAGAAAGGGGCAAUAUUCAUUGAUAGGGACCCAACAGUGUUUUCAGUGAUAUUGAACUAUCUGCGGACUAGGGAAGUAGAACUCAAAGGAGUUGACAUAAAAACUCUCAGACAUGAGGCUGAAUACUAUAAUAUUGCACCUUUGGUCAGGAGAUUGAUGUUAUGUGAAGAAUUGACUCAGUCUACAUGUGGGGAUGUAUUAUUUUAUGGAUAUUUACCACCACCUUAUAUUCCUGUUCAGGACCCCAAUGUGGUGUCUCAGUCCCAUGUUGAGACCACAGCUGUUCAUCAGUCUAAGACAACUUCGAAUGUUAGGGUAGCUGAGGGGCAGGUAGACUCCAGCAAGCCUUCCACUAGCACUGGGGGGGCUGAUCACUGUGAUAAUGGGCCUGUGCAGACAAACAGUCUGGUUACAGUGCCUCCUGGAUUUGUACAAAAUAGGCCCCAAGGUCAUUCAAGGAAUUCCUCGUUGGAGCUUCGUCUAGGCAUAUCAACGAACUACAGCAGGAGCUCCCAAGAUUUGCGUGGCCUCACCAGCCGCGGUCACUCUAGGACAGCCUCGCUCGAUCUCAGGCACGCCAGAAACUCAUCAGCAGAUCUCAACAAACUCAUAAGGAACGAUGUCGGUUUAGUGUUCGGCAUGACGAAUUCCAGUUGGGCUGAUCCACUCAGGGUCCAAAUAAUCAAGGCACACCAUAACUGGAUCGUCGUAGCCUAUGCACAUUUUGUUGUUUGUUACAGGCUCAAAGACUCCAGUGGAUGGCAGCUUGUAUUCACCAGCCCAUACAUAGAGAGUUGUAUCGAACGUAUCGCCAUCAAUGCCAAAAUGGGCUCGACUGAAACUUCGAAAAUGGUCGCCAUAUCGUAUGGUAGUCAGGUCAGGCUGUGGGGAAUUUCGGAUGCAGGAUCUAGAACUAAUAUAGGCACUUUCAAUCUCCACGUCCGAGUGGAAUACCUCUUCUUCAUCGGCAGCCAGCUGGUGGCGCUCUCUCCCUCGGGCAAAUUGGGCGUAUGGCACGCCAUGACGCAGCACUGGCAGACGCAGGACGUCAUGCCGAUAGCGUCGUUCGACACUGCCGGCUCCAUACUGCUGUUGGGAUGCAACAACGGCUGCAUUUAUUACAUAGAUAUGCAAAAGUUUCCAUUGCGAAUGAAAGACAACGAUUUGCUUGUAACGGAACUCUACAGGGAUCCAAACAACGAUCCAGUGACAGCUAUUUCUGUUUAUUUGACGCCCAAAACCAAUUUGUGUGGCAACUGGAUCGAAAUAGCGUACGGAACAACGUCUGGAGCGGUAAGAGUGAUCGUUCAGCAUCCAGAGACGGUCGGACAUGGACCGCAGCUCUUUCAGACGUUCACUGUGCACCAAAGUAAAGUGACAAAGGUAACGCUCUCCGAGAAGUACCUCGUGUCGGUGUGCUCGGAGUACAACCACGUGCGCAGCUGGCGCGUCACCCGCUUCCGCGGCAUGCUCUCCACGCAGCCCGGCUCCACUCCGGAGGCGUCGUUCAAGAUCGUCGCGCUCGAGGCGGUGGAGGGGGUAGCAGGGGGAGGAGCCUCCGCGGGCCACGCCUCCUCGCCGGCGGCCAACGAGUGCGGCCCGUUCGGCGAGCAGGACGACGAGCAGGUGUUCGUGCAGAAGGUGGUGCCCGAUGCGGACCAGCUGUUCGUCAGGCUGGCGAGCAACGGAAAAAGGGUGUGCGUGAUAAAGGCGGUAGAUGGCAGCACUGUCAGCGCGUUUUUCGUGCACGAAUGCGAAGCGUCUAGCAGGAUGGGCUCGAGACCGAGGCGGUUCAUCUUCAGCGGCCAUUCGAACGGGUCCAUCCAGAUGUGGGACCUCACCACGGCCCUCGAUCUCUCCUACAAGACUGAUUCAGACAAAAGCACCGACGGCGGCCCCACCACCUUGGAGCUGCUGUCGAUGCUCGACCAGUGCGACAUCAGCAACAGCCUCUGUUCGACGCCGUGCGCGUCGCCGUCGCCGCUACUUGCCGCCGCCGCCGCCCGUCUCAAGGCCGCCAACGUCGCUUUCCUCAACCAGCCGCAGCACCAGGAUGCGGCCAACUCUUCGUGAUUUUUCCUUUGUGUGACGCAUCUUUUUCGGCGUUAUCUGAACUUCUCCACAUUUGAAGUGAGACAAGCGAAUAUUUUGUUUGUUUUCGGACCGUAAUAACUUUGGAUGGGAUCAACCGAUUUUUAGUUCUCUUUGGGAUUCGGAUUGAUUGAUUGAUUGAUUAAUAGCAGAAUGAUCAGUCAGGGUUUGAAGCCCAAAACACUGCAGCCUUUGGGCCUAUUGUAUUCCUGAUCAUGCUGUUGACUUAGGUGAACAGGUUCGCUGCCUUGAUGAGGUUUAGCAGCCUCUUCACCAAAUCAUUCUUUGAAAAUGCCUCUUGAGAGUUUACUGCUCCCAGAAGGUUGUAUCUCCAACGCGCUAGUGCUUCGCACUCCAAUAUUACAUGGGUGGCAGUUUCCUCCUCCUCAUUGCAUAGUCUGCAUAUGGGUUCGUCUGUAUAGAUGCCCAUUUGAUGCAUAUGUUUCCUCAAGGGGCAGUGACCGGUUAUUAGUCCCGUCACUUGUUUGAUCUGACUUCUGUUUAGGCUCAGAAUGUCGUUAGUCACUGUUUUGGACAGUGUUCCAACCAUCAGUUUACUGUGUCAUUGUCCUGGGACAUUGUUCCAGUAUGCCUGAUGUCUUUCUUGCAUCCACCUUGCCAGCCAGCCGCGUAUUGAGGUUUUGGGGAUACCGAAUACAGGUUCCGGUCCCAUAAACAACGUCGCAGACCCUUGCCGGGCAAGAGCGUCAGCUGCUUCAUUGCCUUCAAUUCCCUUAUGCCCUGGCACCCAUUGAAGAGUUACCUUGUUGUGGUUAGCCAGGGUUAGCAGGCUUUGAAGGCAAUCCCAGACCAGUUUUGAUCUGAUUUUAUUGCAUGUUAAAGAUUGAAUGGCCGCCUGACUAUCUGAGCAUAUGAGGAUUUGUUUACCUCUAUAUCCUCUUACAAUAUUCUCUCUCAGGCAUGCCUCAAUAGCAUGCACCUCUGCCUGGAAUACUGAAGCAUACCUCCCCAAGGAAGCGCACAUCCUGGUUCUGGGCCUAUCUCCAUAUAUUCCGGCUCCCGAGCCCUCAUCAGUCUUAGAACCGUCAGUGUACCACACUAUCGGGUAUUCGGAUUGCUCAGUCAAUUGGGUAUAACAAAAUUUUCUGACGUUCUUCCACCUUUUCGGAAUCAUGACCUACAGGAUGGUAUCUGAAAGUGUGAUAAUUUUAGAAAAGUUUGGGGUCGUACCGUUGAUAGGAUGAUUUUUAAAAUUUUUUUCUGACUGCAAAAACAUAAAGACUGAUGUGUGUUCUCGAAAUAGUUUCGGAUUCAUCAAGAUCCAUUCAGGAUGUUUUGAGAUAUGCAAUUUUGAACAACGUAUGGCUUUUCGAAUUGUUUGAAUACCUGGUUAACCCCUCGGUAUAGUCACAUGUUGUCUAGCUAGGUAUUGUUUUUAUAGUGAAGUGUUCCCAGAAGGAUGGACCUAUGAUGCCACACAGAGGCAUAGGUUAUGAUUUCCGAAAAGGUUGAGAAACGUAAGAAAAUUAUGUUAUACCCAAUUGACUGAGCAAUCAGAAUCCCAAAAAAAAUCGAAAAUUGGUUGAUCCCAUCCAAAGGUAUUACGGUUCGAAAACUAACAAAAUAUUCGCUUGUCUCACUUCAAAUGUAGAGCAGUUUAGUUUGAGAAACAGUGAAAUAACUGCUUUUGAUGUUUUUUCUCCACCAUUUUCAGUUAUAAUUCGAAAACUGAAAAAAUAUAUUCCAGUUUUUCAGAGCAUAACACAGCACAACAGGUAUGAAUACAAUAAUACUAGCGGUUUUUCUUCGUGUUUAACAAUUUAUUCUGAGAAAACUGGUAGGAAAUCAAACUUCAAAUAAUACCUUUCAUUUCGAAAAUUGGGAAUAGUAAUUUUCUUAACAAGUGCGGAAAGUAAUUCUUUCCCGCACGCGAAUGCCGUUGACCCAAAUGACGCAAAGCAGAGUUCGGGCAAGCAGUCGAGUGCGGGAAAGACACUUUCCGCAUGAGUUAGGAAUAAUAUUUUUUCUACAAGCGUAGGAAAUUGAUUGAUUUGUUCAAUCAAUUAUUCCUGCAAAUAGGAACAACUAACAAUAGUGAUAUAUUCUCUAUCUCCUAAUGAUUAGUGAUAUAUCUAUUGUGUGUACCGUUUGAAGCAUUAUGUAGGUAAGCUUAUUGCGGAAGCCAGCAUGCCCAUGAUGUUUGGCCUCUAGAUUUCAAACAUUUCUAGGAAAUGAGCCAAAAAUACUUCUUUUUUAUCUGGUCUUUUUACUUCUUUACUGUUGCACCAUUCAAUAAAUCCCGUUUAAUGCUUCUCAUACCUUUCUUAAGACUUCGUUGGUUAUAACUCAUCUGUAUCGCAUCUGUAGCUGGAAGUUUCUCAUCGCAAUUCCACUGAAUCGAAAAUGACAGUAACACUCUGUCUGUCGCUCUGAGAAUUACACUAACUAAUUUGUGUUUUGAUUGACAUGACAACAAUUGUUUCCUACAUCAGAUCAAUUUAAGGAUAUAGGGGGAUUUAUAUAUGCGUUUCGGAGUUACAAGGUGUUUUUCGAAAAUUGGCAUUUUUGAAAAGUGGCUACAGAUAUUUUUUUGGCAAAAAUUUUCUGUACCUAUGAAAAUAACUGCAAAGAAUUGAUUUUGUGAUAAAAAUUGUUCUCGAGGCACUGAAAUCGGUCAUCCUAUUUCUACUUGAAGAAUAUAACUUGUUCCUCUUGUAAGGAAAGUUCUAUUUUGCAACUGAGUAUACGGUGACUGCACAGCCUGCCUGAGGAUCAAUUUUCAUGACAAACACAACAACGCGAUGAAAGUUUUUACAAAUAAAAAAGAGUACUUUUCAAAAUUUCAUAUUUUUGAAAAAUACCUUGUAGCUCUGAAAUAAAGAUAGAUAUCGAUAUGCGGUUUUCACCUUUGAGUUUCUCAUGUGAAUUGAUCAAGAGGCACCAAAAUCAGUUUUUUUCUAUCUUGUACGGGAAAAGGACUUUCCCUAUAAAAGUGCCCAAUUUGGCCCACCCUGUACACAUACCUUCGGGACAUACAGGGUAUCGA